AUGAAGCCCCAGUUUCCAUCCACUCAAUUCCUCUCGAUAAUAUUAAGCACCCUAACCAUCAUCCCCUUCACCGCCGCGGUUUGCGAAUGCGGUUACGUCCUCACGACAACUAACCAGUACUUUACCCACACAUUCACCAACAACUUCACUGCCCUCCCCGACACUACCACCGGAGUCAAUCUCACCCGCUCCCUCCCCGACUGGGAAAUCCAAGAAUACAAAUUCGCAGCCGAUAAAAAGACCGGUAUACUGGGCCGCCAGAAUGCCAUGAGCUCUGUAUGGAUCAAGGACGGCUUGCUACAUUUGCUGCAGAAAGGAUAUGGGGUCAAUGACACUGGGCCGGUGCAGGUUGCGGAGCUGCAAAGUAUAAAUCAAAACUUUUUCCAUGGAAGUUUCAGGGCGAGGUAUAGGGUUGUGCAAGUAAAGGGAGCGACUGGGGGAUCGGUGGCAGGGUUCUUUCUAUAUUAUGAUGACCAGAACGAAACCGAUAUUGAAGUUCUUACGAAAGACGGAGAUCGCGCAAUUCACUACACAAAUCACCCAUCAUAUGAAGUCGCAACCGACACAUUAGUUCCAGGCGCCGCCUUCACACACCAGCUCGCCCGCCCAUGGAAUGAAUUCCACGAACACCGCUUCGACUGGUCUGAGGGCCUCUCCGCUUUUUACGUCAAUAACGUAAACGUACUCAACAUCACAAAGAACGUCCCCACUCACGAAGGGAAAUUAAUACUCAACGUCUGGGCCAACAAUGGCAGUUGGUCCGGCCCCCCAUCCUCAAAUGAUGUAUACAUGGAUGUGGAAUAUAUUCUCAUGUAUUAUAAUACCACUGACUCGGCGGCCGGCAACGACGAAGUCUUUAAUCGGGCCUGUGAGUUCGCAGGCGGCAACGAGCAGCGGGGCACAGUGUGCUAUGUGACGGAUCAGGCGGGUAACAGUAGCGUGGAUUCUGUGAUGAGUUUGGAUGCACCUGUAGAGGAUGCAGCGGUAAGAGUAGGUGGGGUUCAGAUGACAACGUUACUGGGUGUAGUGGCGGCUGUUGUUGUGGUAAUAGGGAUCUUGUAA